AGAGAGAAAGAAAGAGAGAGAGAGCAGAGAGCGCAGAAGGGAUUUCUGACAGCCUGAGGAAAGGCAGCGGUUUAGAAAAACAAUAUUAUUUUAUGAUCCGUUGUGUAUACUGAAACCUACCAGCUCAGUGAGUAGUUCUAAUUAAGCAUUUGACACGCCUCGUAGUGCGUUUCUGUUAUGUAGUCUUCAGCAUCACUCCUACUUGAUGUUUUUUUUUUUUUAAUUAUUAUUAUUAUUUCCCUCACCAACCUGUUUGGACUUAAGAAAAGAAAGAUGCAGGUAGCGUACUAAACCGAUCAGCCGCUCUCGCAAAAGGGAUUACAUCACCUUUAUGUCAAUAGAUAUAUUUGAAGGAGGGGAAUAGAAAAGAGGAAGACAGAAGCCCAAAGUCUGUCGGCAAGGAAACUGGCGCGCAACGACGGCAUGAUCGUGACAACAUGAAAAAGAAAAAGUGCGAAAGAUCAUUCUGAACCGGGGAGAUCAAGACAGCCGGAGGAGAGGGUGACAACCUUUACCCUUACAGUUACAAGUUUCAGCUCAUUGCAUCCAUUUCCUUCAAGGACGAUUAAAUCUGUCUGUCUCUCUUUCACCACACUGUCUGUCUGAACAGAGUCAAGGAAGAGAACACACCCAAACCUGCCAGAGUUCCCUGGUUGCCAUGGAUCCCCCUCCCUCUUUGAGCUUGGCCCUUCUUGCUGGGAGCGAAGAAGAAGAUCAGCAUGCACCCCACCCUUUGAGUGGUAUCUCCCACACAUCCAUAUCCAGCAACUACCCGGGCAGCAAUCACUCUAACCACACGGGUGGAACCAGCAGCCUAGAGCGGCUCAAUGGCACACCGUCACCAACUGGCCCAAACCUUCCGCCAGUCUCCUUGCCCAAGCUCCCACUGGUGACAACACCACAGCUGCCGGCACCAAUCCCCAAUGCACUGCACCCCACCAGCACACCACUGUCAUCUUGCCUGGGUAGCCAGCAUAGCCUGAGCGGCGAAACGUCACCUAUCUACAACGCCCUCUUUUAUUCUUCUCAUUCACCGACAGGCGAGCGGGAACGGGAGCGGGAUCGAGGUUGCAAGCACAGGCAGGCCAGUCCAUUGGUGCACCGCAGGGACAGUAACCCGUUCACCGAGAUCGCCAUGAGCUCAUGCAAGUACACUGGUGGUGUGAUGAAACCUCUCAGCCGUCUCAGCGCCUCACGCAGGAACCUCAUUGAGUCUGACAGUGGAAGUGACAGCAAAGAGGGUGGGGCUGCCACUGGACAUGGGGCAGUGCCCUCCUCCUCCUCCUCGACUACUGCACCCCAGAAUCCACCUGAGAUUGUCAUCUCCUCCAAAGAGGAUCCACCAUAUGGACAUGUCUAUGAGCUUGAGUCAUCAGCUAAUCAAAUGUCUAUCUAUCACCAGAACCACACCCUCUCUGAGAGCAGGGGCACUCUGGGGUUGACAGGAAGUGGGGGCAGUGGACGACGGGGUGGGGCAGGUGGAGAGACUGGAAGGACAGCAUCCAAAGCUACUAAGCGCAAGAACCAGAAUAUUGGCUACAAACUGGGCCACCGAAGGGCGCUGUUCGAGAAGAGGAAGAGACUCAGUGACUAUGCCCUCAUCUUUGGCAUGUUUGGCAUCGUCGUCAUGGUAAUUGAGACAGAGCUUUCCUGGGGUGUCUAUAGCAAGAGCUCCAUGUAUUCCCUGGCAUUGAAAUGUCUUAUCAGCUUGUCUACCAUCAUCCUUCUUGGGCUCAUCAUCGCUUACCAUGCUCGAGAAGUGCAGCUGUUUGUCAUCGAUAACGGCGCAGACGACUGGCGCAUCGCUAUGACCAUGGAGCGAGUACUGUUGAUCGCGCUGGAGCUGCUGGUCUCAGCCGUGCACCCAGUGCCUGGAGACUUCAAGUUUGUGUGGCGCGCUCGACUCGCUUUCACCUACAUCCCCUCGCAGGCGGAGGCCGACCUGGACAUGGUCCUUUCCGUGCCCAUGUUCCUCCGACUCUACCUCAUCGCCCGUGUUAUGCUCCUCCAUAGCAAGCUGUUCACCGAUGCCUCCUCCAGGAGCAUAGGGGCUCUCAAUAAGGUGCACUUUAACACACGGUUUGUGAUGAAGACCCUGAUGACUAUCUGCCCGGGUACAGUGCUUCUGGUCUUCAGCAUCUCCCUGUGGAUCAUUGCAGCCUGGACUGUACGAGUAUGUGAAAGGUACCAUGAUGCUCAGGACGUGACCAGCAAUUUCCUGGGAGCCAUGUGGCUCAUCUCCAUCACCUUCCUCUCCAUUGGCUAUGGAGACAUGGUGCCUCAUACCUACUGUGGCAAGGGAGUGUGUCUUCUGACUGGGAUUAUGGGAGCAGGCUGCACAGCGCUGGUUGUUGCUGUAGUAGCAAGGAAGCUGGAGCUGACCAAGGCUGAGAAGCAUGUGCACAACUUCAUGAUGGACACCCAGCUCACAAAACGGAUAAAGAAUGCAGCAGCCAACGUGCUUCGAGAAACAUGGCUGAUCUAUAAACACACCAAGCUGAUGAAGAAGAUCGACCACUCGCGUGUGCGCAAGCACCAGAGGAAAUUCCUGCAAGCCAUCCACCAACUGCGAAGUGUAAAAAUGGAGCAAAGAAAACUAAGUGACCAGGCCAAUACACUAGUGGACCUCUCAAAGAUGCAGAGCGUGAUGUAUGAGCUAAUGUCUGAGCUGAAUGACCGCAGUGAGGAUCUGGAGCGCCAGAUGCUGAGCCUGGAGCAGCGAGUGGAGCAGCUCACGGCAGGUUUCAGCGCUCUGCCUGCUCACCUAUCGGCCACGCUGAACGCACAGCACGCCGCGCUCAUCCGCUUGCUGCAGGACCGAGAUGUCAAGACGCCCAGCCCCAGCGUGCCCGCCCUCAUCACACCCACGCCCAGUGCCAACAACCAGGCCUCAGAGGAGAGCCCCAACACCAGUAUGUCCAACUGCUGAGAACUGGAGGCUCUGCCAAGCUGGAGAAGAAAAAUUUGGCUUAAAACUGUGUGGAGACUGAAAGAUAGGGAGAAAUCAGGUUCAGAGGAGUGUUUGUUUGGGAAUAAAGUAACAAGUUGCACAGAGAUAAGAAGCUGAUGAUGAUAAUGAUGAUGAUGAGGAGGAGGAGGAGGGAGGUGAGGAGCGAGUGUGAGUGAGAUAAGAGAGCGUAAUUAAAUGAGAAGCAAAAUACUUUAAUGGAAUCUGCACUAAUUGGAGGAAAAAGUGUCUCUCCCUCCAUCAGGAAAUUAAUCAUCAUGGCUUAGGACGCAUUUUCUACCUGACUGCUAACCAUAUAUUAAUAAGCAUCCCUUUAACAAGAACUCUAGUCGAUACCAAGACAAAAGGCAAGACAUAAACACAGAGACACAUGCCAGGCCUGACCUUACGAUCCAUUCACAGGACACGGAAUUAAGACCCAGCGCAAACACUGUGUCAAAGGCACACACACACCACACAACACAACACAACACAUACAACAAUGCACUAAAUCCACACCACUGAACACUGCCAGAUGGACCGUUUGUUUUGUUUGGUUUUUCUUUUUCAAGGAGAAUUCGCUCACUUCUGCACGGAAUGAGAACUGCCAUAUUUUCGUGGAACACACACGAAAGCCUAAUUCACACUGUUAUUAUGAAUGUCUGCAAUUAAAAACACACACAAACACACUCUUUUGCUCUUAAUCUCUGUCUUGAACACACAAACAUACCUUCUCUGAAUAUCUGCUACCAAAGUGCUGUCUGUAAGGCAACGGGAACAAAGGAAGUGGUCAGAGCUAUACGUUGUACAAAAGUCCUCAAAACCUCGUUACCAUGGGGAAAUAAAUAUAUAAAAUCUUCAACCACCUGAAAAAUGAGACAGCCAUUUGCAGCAAGGGGAAACCGAAGCCAGUCAAUACACACAUACACACACGCAUACAUACACACAAACCUAAACAGCUGCUCACAAGGGAAUAAACUGUAGAGUUGAGAAAUUAGUCUUUCUGUGAGUGUAACUGAACCUGUGGUAAUGGUGUGUAUUGGGAAUAAGAGACUUUCCUGCUGACCCUCAUUUCUACAGAGACCAUUCUUUCUGAAAACUGUCUCAUAGUGACAUCCUGUGGCCGGAAUACUGAAUUACAUCUGCUUGGAAUUAUUGAAAAUGAUGCUGUUAACUGAAACUAGCUUUGUAUUGCUGUUUUUUUUUUUUUUAAUUAAUUAAUUUCAUUAUUUAUUGUUUGUUUAUUUAUUUAUUUUUUACCAUUAACGAUUACUAAUGCAGUUAUAGCGAAUAUUUACUACUAAUAUACUAUGGCAUCCUUCUCAUUCAUCAUGACAGUUAAUGGUCGCUGUAUUAAUACCGACUUUAAUAAUAUUAACUAUUGCUAAGGGAUGUUCGGUUUGAGGUUGAAAUUAUUUUGUAAUUUUAUUUUACCAGAGAGAAUUAAUAAAGUAUAUAUCUA